CCCCCCCCCCCCCCCGUGAAGAAUGACAUGAUUCCAUCAAUACCCGCCACAGAGGACUUUGCGCACACCACUACACGCGGGAUCUUCCUAUGAUUUAAGUUCACGGAGUACAGCACCGUCUCGAUCUCGAGGAACGCCGGUCGGCCGCCAAGGAGCGCGCGGGCUUGCAGCGCAAUGCCUCAACAGCAGAACUGCCGCCGCUCCCGCCGCCGCUCCUGCCGGUCGACCGGCCGGGCCUGCCGUUUUCCCCGCGGCGGGAAACUUUCAGAGCUGCGGGCUUCAGCUAUAGGUGAGAAGAGUGCAACCACCGGCGCCAAGGAGGAGGAGGACGAGGAGGAGAAUGAGAAGAACAACGAGGGGGUAAGAGCAGCUCCUGAAGGACGAAGUCACCGUAGUCCGUCCUUAUCGUCGUCGUCAUCCCCCUCAUCCUCCUCCCCCUCCUCUUCUUUGGCAGGGACGGCAAUUGCGGCAGUGGAGGCCUUCCUAGUAACCGACCUUUCCUUCUUGGGAGCGGCGGACUUCUCGUCCUCGUCGUCGUUCUUCUUUUCCCUCCUCCUUGGCGGCGGCGGCGGCGGCGGCGGCAGCCUCCUCGACAACGCGCGCAACUCCAGCGCCCCAGACUCCACGGACGCCCACCGCCCAAGGACAGGUCCCUCCGCCGCUCUCCUCAAUGGAGUCGCCAGGCAUGCCGAGGCGUUUGAGAUCGGGCCGCUUAUCUAGGGCGCCUCUGAGACCUGGAUUUGUCUCCUCUGCCAACCAGCGGAUAGAUUCCUCCAGCCCCGAUGCCUCCUCGUCUGCCUCGCGCUCCUCCUCUUACACCCUCUGUACGGAUGCCAAGCCAGGGUCCGUCGACCGACCUGGAGUGUCUACCAGAAAACCUAGCUGCUCAUUUCGUCAGCAGCUUCAUUGAAGAAGCACUUCUCCUACAGCGGCGCUCUUCUUUCCAAUGGCCGAAGCUCAGAGGCUUUGCAAAGCUUCCUGCCGCAAACAAAAUGGCAAAUCCGGCCGGUCGACCGGCGGCGGCGCUCCAUGGGUAAUAUUUUCGUUGUAUUGGCGAUAACUGUGA